AAGACCAUGUACACGAAUCCAUUCUUCUCUCAUCUAUUCUAUGAGACUGACGGCACACAGGUGGAGGAGCCGACGAACGAUAUCUACGACGGCGCGACACCAGUCUCCGAUCAGGUAUGCAGGAUCCCUCUGCUGAGCCACUUGUUGAGCCUAUUGAUUUUGUUAGUGUUUUUACUACUGAUACAAAAUUUAGCACUCGAGAUAGCUUGUUGGAAUGGGUUCGAGGAGAAGCAAUGAAGUUAGGGUUUGUUAUUGUUACUACAAGGUCCGAUAAUGGGUCAGAUAGAAGAAGACAGACAAUUGUACUUGGAUGUGAAAGAGGAGGUGUUUAUAAAAAAUCCAGAAAAUCCAACAAGCAGUUGAAACACCAAGACACACAAUCUAAAAAAUGUGAGUGUCCAUUUAGAUUGCGGGGUUAUUUUUUAAGCUCUGGUGUAUGGAAAGUUAAUGUAGUGUGUGGAAAACACAAUCAUGAGAUGGCCGAAAAUUUAGAAGGUCAUCCUAUUGCAAGUCGGCUAAAUGUGGAAGAAAAGAAACUUGUUUAUGAGAUGAUAGAUGACAUGGUUCUUCCAAAAGAUAUUCUUAUGACUUUAAAAAAACGAAGGCCAGACAAUGUGACUACUAUCAAAUGUAUUUAUAAUACUAUUCACAUAUAUAAAAAGUCUAAAAAAGAAGAAGCUGAUGGUCUCAUCAAAGAAGAUCAUCCAGAAAUCUCUAUUAAGGAAGAGAUGGCUGAUGGUAUCGUCAACGAAGAUCAUUCUGAAAUCUCUAUUAAGGAAGAGAUGGAAGCAAUUCAGGCUUGUUUUGACAGUGCUGAUUACAAUACAAAGAUAUAUAUUAAAGAUCGGUUGCGUCAAAUAGCCUUUCCAGAAAUGACUUCCCCGUAUCCAUCUCUAGAGAAGGGUAAUGGAAACCUACCAGCCUUUCCAGAAACGACUUCACCGUGUCUAUCUAUAGACUUGGGUAAUGGAAACCCACCAGCCUUUUCAGAAACGACUUCACCGUGUCCAUCUCUAGACUUGGGUAAUGGAAACCCUCCACUUGCUUAUGAUUUUGAAACUUUGUACAUGUGAUGUUCUGGAUAUGGUUUUAAACAUGAAAAAAAUUUUUUGGGUCAAGUUUAAACAUGAAAUAUUAUAAAGGCUUUUAAUUUUGUUUGUUAUAUGAUCUCUUUUUGAUGGAAUUAAUUAUGGUAAGCAUGAACAUCGCUCUUCUUAUUUUGAAUCAUGAUGAUUAUACGUUACAAAUUUGUUUGUAAUAUGCUUUAAAUGAUGUUUCCUAACAACAGCUAAUUCAUCAGCAAGCAAAGAGUUUGCAUUCGAAAUUUGUAGAACAUCAAACUAAGUAAGUUACAUAAUAUUUUAUGAUUCUGAUUAUCCUUUUAAUUUAAUUUUUGAGGGUGUAUGUUUUCUAUGCAUCAUAGUUGGAUAAAUGCUAACUGUUUGAGUGAAUUGAGCGAGAAAGUUGUGGACAAGUUUAAGUUUAGGGGGUUACUCUUUCCAUCUUUACAGGUACGAGUCACACCUCUGAAACCUCAAAAAUGUCAUUGAUGUAUCCGGAGAUACAUCUCUGGAUCCACCUAAAAUCACACUAACAAAGGCGUUGCAAGUGUGACACCCUCUAUUUUGUCUAAAGAAAAUGUUCAGAGAUGCAUCUCUGGAUUCCAAAAAUGUAUCUCUGUAAAGUGUCCUGUCACCAAUACUCAAAACAACAAUGUUUAUGCAUUAUUUCUCGGAAUAUCUGCAAAUCUUCGUUAUCAGGGAUUUAAUGAAGUUGUAUGCUAUAAAUUUUUCAGUUGUAAUAAAAAACUUAAAAGAAGAUUGGACCUAGUUUAUAUAGGAAAUGACAUCUUCAUCAUCUAGUUCAUGGUUUACGACAUCGUGCUGCAAGAGUUGCUGUGGUUUCUUGAACUUUUCCAGUAUAUGAUUAUUGAUGCAGGACAAAUGUAUACAAUUUGGAAAUUUUAGUAUGGGGACAUUUGAAAGCAGGUCCUGAUUGCCUGUAUCUGUAAGAACUAGUAGUGGUGUGAUUUCUUACUAAAAACUCACUCAGGUGGUGCUUGCAGCAUAAUUUGAUACAGAAUCAACAUACACUUUGCGGAGAUACAUUUUUAGAAUCCGGAGAUCCAUUUUCAGACAAAGUUUUUGAGCAAAAUAGGUGUCUUAUUUAUGAAGUGCUAAAAAUGUGUGUAUAAAAGGUGCGUUCGGAGAUGCAUUUCUCUGAAUGUUGGAGACAAUAGUGACUUUUCGCGGUGGUAGUAGUGACUUUCUCGGUGGUAGGUGUGCACACAUAAGGCCGGAAAGAACAACUCCAAAGUUUAUACACUUUGCUUUUAAGAACUUUCUAAAAAUAAAAUAUGAUUUUAUUGUUUAUGUUAAAUGUUUGAAUGUUGAUCCAUUAUAUUUUUUGAGGAAAACCUUAAUCAUCUUAUUUGUUACAUGAUUUUCCAAAGUUAGGUCAAAUGGAUAGGACAUAGUGAGUUGCAAAACAUUCCAAGUGUGUUGGAAAGAUAGAAAGUUAAUGUAGAUAUGGACUAUCAAAAAUGGAUGGAUAGAUAAAAGUUUCAUCGAAUUGUAUAAGUUCUCUUAUUGCAUUUGUUGAAUCAUAAUUAUUGUUGAGAAAUGUUUCACAUUGUUGAGUCAUAAUUAUUGUUGAGAAAUGUUUGCGUAUUUUUUCUCUUUUGUAAAGUAAUAAUUGGCAUUUAAUGGAAACAAAAAUAAAAAUCACACCAAUAUUUCUUAUACGUGGAAACCAUUUCAAUGUGAAUGAGAGAAAUCACGAGAUAUAGUUCAAUAAAAUAUUUAGAAAAGUAGGAUUACAAAUAGUUCAAUAAAAUAUUGAGAAAAUUA